AAAAACAUUUAAAAAAAGUACAGAAUAAAAUAAACCAAGAGAGCACAUGCUCUCAUAAAAACUCAUAAAACGACAAAAUAUAUUAAUUGGGCAGACUCGUUUUUGGCGCAAAAACCUGCCAGUGUAUCCGAGUGUGUACUUCUCUCCAUAGCAACAGUAACAGCUUCCUCGCGCCAGACUGGUUGACUGGUAUAAAGAGGCACAACGCAACGGUUCAACCUUUUUUAACCUCGUUUACUCUUAAGUAAAUAUGAGGAUUGCUAUGGUUUGGACCGAUGAAAAUACAGUUUUAGCUUCUCUUGAGAGCGUGGGUUGGCGCAGUCCCAGCAUGGCAGGCGCGAGUCGGUUAGUUUGACACCUCCAGGGGUUUUUAUCACCGUUAACAACAGUCCGCUGGUGACUUCAGGACCUCCACAGGGGCCAGCACACAGUCCUGCCUCAGAAUGAGAUUACCCAGCCACCAAGAAGAUUAACUAGCCCACGGUAAAUCACCAGUAGGCUACACUCUAGCGUGGCUCUAGCCGAGGAGUAUUUUCAUCUUGUCUGUUAAAACUUGCUUUGAUACAGUACAAGGUUGGAGUAAUUUGGCAAUAAAAGGAUGAAGGAUUUGCCAGGAGAGUGGAAAGACCAUCAGCUCACGGUUGCUCUGCGCAUCCGACCACUGAAUGAUGCAGAGAUCGAGGAGGGUGCAACCACAGUGGCUCACAAGAUUGACAGUCAGAUGGUGGUGUUGAUGGACCCCUGUGAAGACUCCGACAAUGUCCUGAGGGCCAACCGUUCACGUGAAAAAACAUACAUGUUUGAUGUGGCGUUCGAUUAUACUGCCACCCAGGAGGAUGUUUAUGUGGCGACAACAAAAAAUCUAAUUGAUGGAGUGAUUGCUGGUUACAAUGCCACAGUCUUUGCAUAUGGACCUACAGGGGCUGGGAAGACGCACACUAUGUUAGGGUUAGAUUCUGAGCCGGGCAUCUACAUCCGAACACUUAAUGAUCUCUUCAGUGCCAUUGAAGACAGCACUGAAGAUUUGGAUUGCAGUGUUUAUAUGUCAUAUAUAGAGAUUUAUAAUGAGAUGAUCAGAGAUCUGUUAAAUCCAUCCUCUGGAUACCUUGAGCUGCGUGAGGAUGCUAAAGGCGAAAUACGAAUUGCAGGCAUCACUGAAUUUUCUACAUGUAAUGCCAAAGAGAUAAUGACUCUUUUGACCAAAGGGAAUAAACAGAGGACCCAGGAGUCGACAGCUGCUAACAAAACAUCAUCUCGCUCUCAUGCUAUUCUUCAGGUGACAGUCAAGCAAAAGAGCCGUGUAAAGGAUAUCAACGAGGAGGUCAGGGUGGGAAAGCUAUUCAUGGUAGACUUGGCAGGAACUGAGCGAGCAUCACAGACUCAAAACAGAGGAAAGAGAAUGAAGGAAGGAGCACAUAUAAAUCGUUCCCUGUUAGCUCUGGCCAACUGCAUCAAUGCCUUGAGUGAAAAGAGUGGGAAAGGAGCUCAGUUUGUCAACUACAGAGACAGCAAACUCACUCGACUUCUUAAGGAUGCUUUAGGAGGAAACAGUCGCACAGUCAUGAUAACCCAUAUCAGUCCUGCCAGCUCCAACUUUGAAGAGUCAAGAAAUACUCUGGUUUAUGCCGACAAAGCCAAAAAUAUAAGAACCAAGGUGAAACGUAAUUUGAUGAAUAUUUCAUAUCACCUGGCUCAAUAUACACAUAUUAUUGCUGAUCUGCGAAGUGAAAUUGAGCGACUUCGUGCAAAGAUUGACCAACAGAGUCAAGAGCAGCAGAAAGGAGAGAAAGCAGACAUUCGUGAAAUUCAAGCCGAGGUGCAGCAGUAUAGUCAUGGCGAGAUGGCUUUACUGCAGGAGCAGCUCUUGUCUGCCUUCAGAGAGCAGAUGGAGAUCAGACGCAGCCUCAUGGAGCUGGAGAACUGCAAUAUGGAGCUCCAUAUAGACACAUCUAGACAUCUGAUCACCAUCUCAGAUUGGGAGCGUGAUCGAGCACGUGCCCAGCGAGGGAGAGAUGAUGUAAUUAGAGAGAAAACAGACAGAGACAAGGAGGAAGAGCAAGAGAGUGGACCAGAGGAGCCUCAGUAUGUCACAGCAGCUCGAGAGGAGAUCGGCCCACUUCUGGCUGAACAGAGAAAGACAAUGGAGCUCAAACGUGAAUUGGAAGAAAAAUUAUUGAACAUGAAACUGAAGUCAUCUAAGAUUGAGGAGUUGCUUCCUAAACGCAUAAGUAACCGUGAGCAGAGAGACAUUCUGACAUUGCUUUGUAAGGUUCAUGAGCUGGAACUUGAAAAAACUGAAAUCCAGUCGGCUGUUCUCUGCAAAGAAAAUGUUCUCCGAACAAAAGACUUCAUCAUUCAGCGCCACGAGCAGCAGCGGACGCUCUGUGAUGACAUUAUACACCAGCAGAAGGCUCUGAUCGAAGAUCAAGGACUUUGUGUACCUGAGGAAUUACAAGAGCUUUAUUCACUCUACUUUAGUGAAUUAAGUGAUGGAAAUAUCGACCAAAUACUCAGCCUUCAUACUUUUACCACAAAUCCCAGAGCUGAUAACUCUCUCAUGAUUAUGGCCGGUCAAGUGAGACUUGAUGUGAUCUCCGAUUUAGAAGAGACAGAUAAAACACAGCAGAAUAAGAAGUUCAGUCCUUUGGAUAAACACCCCCGUGAUUCUUCUUCCUCUGGGUUGGAUUAUGACAGUGACAAUAACAAAGUUUUCAAAUCACCAUCUAAACUUAAGCCACAGAGACGGCACCACUUAUCUUCUAGCAGAACCAUUUCAAUGAAGGUGUGUGCUGUUAAGGAUUCGACUCCUGUAUGUCCUAGUGAAGCUGUGAGUCCAGACACUCUGAGGGAAAUUGUAAGUGACACCAAGAGCAUUUCAGUCAUUGCAGCAAAACGUCGCUCACAUCUAGUGAAGGAGACCAACUCCAGAGCGGCCGGUCCGGCUUUGGCCGCAGGGCUCAAGUCCUCAGUGAGCAUGGACAGUCUGGUUUCAACUUUGGCAGACGAGUCGACUGAGGUCAAAAGAAACCCUCCAAGACAUGGAGGCAGGUCCCAGUCAAAACAGGACUUAAAGACAUCGGAGGGCAGAAUGGAGAGACAGCAGCGCAAGAAACGGUCCAGAUCUUUUGAAGCAAGCAAAAGGCAGGUACAAAAACCAAGACAGAACCUUUCCAGAUAUCCAGCUUUGGAGAGUAUCUCAGACAACCGGCUUAUGAGACCAGCUUUAAACGUGAUCCAGCCACUCAACAGUAGUGCUGGAAACCCUUCAACACCACCUGUAGCUAAAGUCAAAAACCCCAGCACUCGCUUUACAGGAGAAGUGCAACUUGGGAAGUUAGAGAUCAGGGGAAUGCCACCCAGUACCAUCCAUCAAAAACAAUCAGAUAUCAAACGAGGAGGACAGGCGACCUACAAACGACAGCGAGGCCCAGGAGAUGUUUCUUACUCCAGCAAUCUCCUACAGCAGCCAGGCAAUUACAAGAAGUCCACAAACGAAAAUCCUAGACAAAAAGGAAUGGCUGAUGUUAACAGAAAGAAUGAAGCACAGCAAAAAAACAAAUAUACCGUAAAAAAGUCACAUGUCUGAGUUUUUUUUUAAUUCUUGUACAAGGGAAUAUUAUCUUUUUUUUUGCUCUAAAAUGUACAGAUGAGACUACGCUGAUUUUAAUGUUGUUUGAGAAUUAUCGUGUGUUGAAAAUCUUGUAAUUCAAAAAUGUUAAAUAUAAAUUGUAUACAGUUUGUCUGCUUUGAAACUGACAAUACAAAAAUAUUUUGACAAUUCACAUUUUAAGCAAAUUUAUUUGAAAAAAGCAAAGCAUUGAAAUGAUCACGAUGUAACACUUUUUUUAAGGUGUGAUAAUACAGAGUAAUUACCUAGCAAGUACUUAGUAGUAGCAAAUGUACAUGAAACAAAAUGUACUGGCCAUGUAACUAAGUUAUGGAACAGUUUGCACUUACAGUUUGUCAUUAUGUAGAUGUCGGCUGCAGACAAACCAAAAGAUUGUUGCAUAUGUGUUGCAGACUUUAUACAAUGUAAUUAUAAAUUGCACAGAAAUAAGCUAUUUAAAAUAAAGUGUGUCAAGAUUGUACUUAAGUGUAUUUCUUGUGUAUCUAUACUGUAAACCUUCUACUGUAGUCUAGCUGCACCUUAGUUAGAUUUA